ACUGUCAUAUGUUAGUGUUGUUUUGAUAAAAAUGUCGCGAAGAGGUAGACCCAUGAAGAAGAAAAAGUUCCUCUGGAGCGACACUGCCACCGAUCGCCUUGUAAAAAUGUGGGUGGGCAAAAGCAAUACAAUCAAAGGCUAUGGAAAAAACACAAUCAUCCACCAGGAAAUGGCAAGUGAGCUGAAAGACUAUGGUCCGACACCAACCGAAAUAAAGGCCAAGCUUGACUGCAUGAAGAAGAGAUACCGUCGCGAACUGGGAAGGAUGGUUUCGAUGAAGGAGGUGAGAUCCGACUGGAGGUACUUUGACAGCUUGCAUCACAUUUUCAAAGACGAGCAUGUCAGAAUAGACCGCAGGAACAAGGAUUCCGCUGAAAUGAAGAAAGAAGUGGACCGUUAUGAAGACGAGGGUUCGGAUGAUUCGGAAAGUUCAAUUGAAUUCUUUUAUCCUGAGCUGGAAGCGGAGGAGGCAGCUGAAAUAAAAGCUGAAGCUGACACAGACGCAGAAAUUGAACCCGAAAUUGAGUCUGAGAUUGAAGAAUUACAACCGGUCUCCAACGAAAAGUAUUUUAAACGCAAGCGGUCGAUUUUAAGAAUUGAGCAAGAAAAAAUAGCUGUCCAGAAGCAGACCUUAAAUAUAAUGCGGUCGAUGGUUAAGGAAAUUUCCAACUUUCAUGCGUCAUUUUUAAUUACUUAUAAAACACAAAACAAAAAACGCUCUACGUAGUUAAAUUCAGACCCAUUAAUUAGCUGAUGGAAUAAACUAUAUAUGUACUUAAUAUUAGAUUAGUUAUAUUUCCACUUUAAAAUGUGAUUCGGAAUUCUCAUCACAAGCACCUUAUUGUUUUAACCAUUCUGAGACAAUAUUCGUUUUCAUAAAAAAAAUCAUAUAUUUGUAAAGAUAUUAUGUAAAGACCCUAAAUAUAUGAAGUUUAAUUUGUUUUAUUAUAAAGUUAA